CUUCAUUCUUGUGAAAUUAUAAAUCUACCCCAGAGGGCAAAGAAAGUAACUGAGGAAGAAUGGAAGGGGAAGAGCUGGAAGUCAUGGGGUCUCUCUCAGAGGUUUUACAACCUGAAGUCACUGUGGUGGUGACAGGAGAGCCACCUGAAGCUGCAGAAGAAGAUCUAGAUUAUGAAGAAGAGGAAGUGACCUCCCCAGAAGUCAUAGAGAGACUGUCCCUUCUCGACGUGCUGCGGGUGUCCACAGUCAUGGAGGACAUCAUUGACCAGCUCUCUAUUCUAGGCUACAUCAUUCCGGUGCAGUAUGAGAGAAGGCAGAGCCUCAGCCAGAAAGCCAGCCAUGAAGGAGCAUCUAUGAUUCCAAGCACACCAAAAAUAUCGGCUUCUUUGAUAACUAAAGAAAAAUCCAUGGCAGAAAACAAACAGAGAGGGCAGGAUUAUACAUUUAAAAAACCUACAAAGCAGACCACGAUGACUCUGGAGACGCUGAAGAAAAUUCAGAAUGACAGGCAAUAUUUCAGUGAUGUGAUUGCAAACACCAUGGUGGAGAUGCAGGAUUCCGGCUCUUUCACCAGUCUCCUGGAAGCCCUGGGCAAAGAGAGAGACAGCAAGAUGAAUUUCCAUGACGUCAUCACAAGGGAGGAAAAGGGAAGAAGACAGAUAAAAUCUCUUCAAAAACAGUUAGUUGAUGUCAAAAGGGAGCGUCAGAUGCAAGUACAGAACGGGAACGAAUACAUUGCUCACCUCAGGGACCAGUUACAAGAGAUGAAGGCGAAAACCAACUUGGAGAAUCUUUAUAUGAAAAGAAAUACUGAGCUGCAGAUUUCCCAGACCCAGAAGAAAUGUAACCGAGCAGAAGAACUCUUGCUGGAGGAGAUUGAGAAGCUGAGGAUGAAAACUGAAGAGGAGAACCGGGUUCACACGGAGAUCGAAAUGUUCCUUAAAAAGCAGCAGCAGAAACUUGAGGAGAAGCUGGAAUUCUGGAUGGAGAAGUUUGAUAAGGACACAGAAGCAAAGCAGAACGAGUUGAACGCUCUCAAGGCCGCCAAGGCCAGCGACCUCGCACAUCUUCAAGACCUGGCAAAGAUGAUUCGGGAGUAUGAGCAGGUCAUUAUUGAGGACCGGAUAGAAAAGGAGAAGACCCGGAAGAAGUUGGAGCAGGAUGACCUCGAACUGAGGAGCAUUGUGAAGCUCCAAGCCUGGUGGCGAGGUACAGUGGUUCGGAAGGAAAUUGGAAAUUUCAAAAUGCCCAAGAAAGAGAAAGAUGACAGCAAAGACUCCAAAGGCAAGGAGAAGGAGAAGCGGAGAGGCAAGAAGUAACGAGCGUCUGCUGUUCCUCCUCAGGCCUCGAGACACGCGUGGUGCAGCCACAGCACCACCUCAGGGAGGUCACUCUGCCUGCCACUGUAGCUUCCAACUCCAGUGAGGGCUCUCACAUGGCUGGGGGCUCCUCAGACUAGACUGUGGGGAAGUCAUGCUGAGAGCUUUGUGAACAGCCCUAUUCUCUCACCAGAAAGCAGUUCAUUGGCUUACAGUGAAGUAUUAAAAACUCCUGACACAUCUGAUUCGGA